GCAGUUAGAAAAGGGGUGUGGAAAGAGCAGAGCAAGGGAGGCUGAAGGAGCGGGCUCGUAUAAAGAGAGACAGAACACAAGCCAGGCUUUAUCCUUCUCUCCUGUCCCGCUCUCUCAGACCUCACAAGAGAAGCUACCCCAGCCCACCGGCUCGCCUUCACUUCCCACAGUUUUUUUUUCCUUCAGACACAAAGUCCCGCCAGACGUGUCGAAUUCGAACAGAGGAUGGCCGCAUCCAUGUGGAGAAUGAAUGGGCUCCACAGAAGCAUGACUGGAGUUCUGCUCCUUUGCGCUCUAUUGUUUAGCAGCGAGGUGAUAUGUGAAGACGUUUCAGCCCCACCAACCCCAUCCGCAAAUACUUUUAAUGCUGGAAGUGGGACCACACCUGCUGCUCCUGUAUCCACUGCUGCGUCAGAUCAAGGCGCCGCUCCCGCUGAUGGAUCCAGUGGAGAUUCUGUAGGUUCUACUGUCGCUCCAACAGUUGUCUUGACAAGCGGACAAAAUGAUCAAGCUCGAGCUGCCCCGGAGAACUCCAAUGAUUCUCCCAGUUUGAAGGUCAUCAUAGAGAAAGUACCACUGAAUGUGGUGCCUACAGUUGUGUGUGUCGGAAAGGAAGAAAUCCCUGAACAAAGUGCUGUUAAGGCUCAAGUAGAAACAGGGGACUGUAACGAAACAAAGGGCAUCAUUGAGGAUACCCCAGCACCGUGGUGCAGCUCUGACAAAUGUAAUCUGAAAAUCUUCCAAGAGAAAAGCAAUUUAUUGAUGACCAGCAGUGAUGCUAAACUGUCUUCUUUGGUUGAAGCACUCAAAACUGAAGCUCUGAAAAACAAGUUAAAUUUGAAAAAUGUUGACGUCCCAAAAUCAUCAAACACGUCUGUAUUUGUUGGAGUACUGGUCACUGGUCUUCUUGCUGCCCUCGGCAUGAUUGUGGGAUACUUCAAGUGUCAACGGAAGCCUGACACUAAGGGAGAAAAACUGGCAGAGAAAGCCUUCCCAGUGGAUCAAGAGAAUCAGGGGAACACCCUUGCGUCUGAGGCCCCUCUGAUCCCCCCUCCAGAAACUCAGGAGAAACCCAGCGUUAACGGAGAGUCCCUGGAGGCAGUUAAGACCGAGACUUCUCCUCCCACCAACGGCCACUCCACUGCAAAGACGGCAGACACCGAGCUGUGAGAUUGCCCCACAACUGCUGCAGUCCAGGAACUUCCUCCCGCUAAUACAUUUAUCCACACAGAUGCAUACAUGCCCAUACAAAGAAAUUUGGUAUCUCAUCCUGUUGAGCCAGAGAGGCCACAGCAAAGGAAACAGCAGGGAUUAUAAUAACCUCUCUAAGAGC